UUUUUGAAGUCAAGGCAUGCAAAUUGCCAAAAGCACAAAAUAAAAUUUGAAAUAUUUUCCUUUCACUGCAUUUUUCUGUUUAUAUGAUGUUUUAUGUGAUAAAAAAUACAAAUACACAGACGCCGACCUUAUUUUUAGACAUUGUAAUUUUUAGCUAGUACAUACUGCGUCCUCUAUGGAAUGUUCUGCUAACUAAUGUUUUACAUACAUAGAGUAUUCUGUAAAGAUGAGAUCAGGAGUCGAUCUGCUUGAAGCAGAGCAGAUAUAAAAAUGAAAACCCGCUCUAGCUACGUUCCAAAACAUAGGAACCAACAUUUUUUUCUUUUGUAAGUAAUUUGAAAGUGGUAAUGGUAAUAAAUAUUAGAAUUUACCGUUCAGGAAUCUGCGAGUCCUCUCAUUGAAAUCCAGAGAAAAAAGAUUUACCAGGAGCCCUCCAGAGUCCAGAAUGUAGUAUUUGGAUGACUGUGAUCCACUCGUUUUGCUCCGAAUAAAUAAAUAAUUCGAAAUAGAGAACGUAGCUAAAACAGUUUUGUCACUUUUGACAUGACACUCAUGUCAUAGUAGUUUCCUAACCUCAAAAUCAAAAAACAGCACAAAACGUAAACAAUUUUUUAAAUAAUAAUCAUUGUUAUUUGAUUUCCUUACCAAAAUAUGGGCGAUUCUGUAGAAGAUACCCCAGGCCGUAUGGCACUAGAAGUUAACGAAGCCCACAAAGACUUAGUUUUUAAAAAACCUUCAGAAACUGCUCGAAAACGCAAGAAAGUCAAGGUGCUCGACGAAGAAACUUAUUUUGAGGAUAUUGCAAAUAUAAUUCAAAGAGACUUUUUCCCAGACCUUGAAAAAAUAAAGGCUCAGAAUGAAUAUCUUGGUGCUAUGGAGAGAAACGAUACUGUGAGGCUACGAGAAUUGUAUAUGAAAUAUAGUGGAAGGAAACCACCUACAGAAAGAAUGCCAAGUCCUGCAACAUUCGAAACGCCAACCAACAUUCACCAACCCCAAGACGACCUACUAAAUUUAAAUAAAAAUGCAACUUCAAAUGACAAUAAUAAUGAGCAAACAACAAAUUGUAAAAAACUCACUUUGGAUCAGUACCUGAAUUCUCACACUUCAGAAGACAAUGAAAGUUUUGAAGAAAUUUUAGAUGCUCAUGAACAAAAACAUAGAGAAAAAUAUAAAUAUUUAUAUGGAGUUGAAGACAGUAGUGAGGAAAACCAGCAAAAAAUGUUAGCUCUGCCUUCAGUCGAGCAACAAGCGGCUUUACCAGAAAAACCUUUUAAUCUAGACCUGUGGGGAUAUAAAAAUAGGAAUUCACUAAUGUACAAUCCAGAUGGAGUGGCCCUAACAAAAGAACAAGAAUUAAAAAUAUUACAAAACAAACAAGAAAUAAGUCACGAUAAUACAAGACUAAUAAUAAAUCCUUUCAAUGAAUUCCAAAACAAAGAAACUAUAAACGAAUUAGCCAAAAAUCAAGCUAAAAUAUUAGAUGGCAAAAUUGGGGUUGACGGUAAAGAAAUGCUUAAGCCAGAAACACCAAAAAUUGGAGGUUUUAGUUUAGUUAGAACACCUUCUCCUUCACCAAGCGUUUUGGGUACUCCUCUAAUGACUUGGGGUGAAAUCGAAGGUACCCCUUUCAGGUUGGAUGGAAGCGAUACUCCAUUACCAAGAUCGCAAGGACCUUCAUUCAAAAUGUCCGAGCCACCAAGAAGGGAACAAAUUGCUUUGGCUUUAGCUGAAAAAGUUGGAGAGAAAAAUAGGGAUCAGAAAAAAAGAGCUUUGGAUGCUCAACGAAAACAGUUCAGCACGCCUUCUCCUAGACCAUAUACUUCUUCAAUCGAUAGACUGGCAACCAUGUCUCCAGCAGCAAGAAAGCUGGCAACAACGCAUAUGAGAAUACCAAGUAGCAGGUUACUGACUCCUAGUCCUAGCCCGUAUAGGACCCCAAAGUUGACUUCAAAAACACCUACUCCUAAAAGAACUCCGAAACGUGUUAGUACACCAAAAAUUGAUUUGGGAAUUAAAAAGGUUGGCGGUAAAGAAGUUUCCACUGAUGAUUUGUUAAAGAUUAAUUUGCCUAGCAGGAAAAAGGCGUCUGAUUUUUUUUGAAGAAGUCUCUUAUUGUAUUUAUUGUGAUUAAAUUUAAAAUGUAUAUUAGGUAUUAAAAAGGUUAAAAUUAUACUUCAGAACUUCAGUGUUUAUUUUUUUCUAGAUUAUAAGGGAUUGAGGAGGUCUGAGUCUGUUGCCUAUAAG